CGCAGUACUGGUAGGAGGUCGUACAAAAGAGGAGACGCUGGCCCUGCGUAGGGAGCUGGCUUGGAUCACCGACCACCUGCAUCCGCGUCUAUGCCCGACGCCGAGCUCGACGCCGCGCCGCGAGACCCGACGCAGAUGCUGGACGCCUUCCUCGUGGCCGCCGUCAGGCCGCCGCUGCGGCGCCUCGGUCCGCCGGCCGGGCGCGUGGUGGGCCUCUUCGUCGGCCUCGUGGCCGCCACGACGUCGCUCGCCUACGUCGGCGCGCACGCCGCGGACGCGCACACGCCGGCGCAGCUCGCCGUCGGCGUCUUGGGCGUCGUCGUCGUCGCGGCGUGGGCCGCGCUCGAGUGCGCGGCGCUCGCCGCGCCGUACGCGCCCGUGGCGACGGCGGACGCCGAGAGCGGCGCCAAGGCCGAGCCGGCGCCGGCGCCCGGCGACGCGCUCGCGCCGUGGCGCGCGGGCGCCGAGUUCGCCGUCUGGAUGCUGUUCAUCUACGCGUGCGAUCGGACGGACCUCGUGGCGAGGGGCGAGAAGCACACGUCUCAGAAGUCGUUCUGGUGCCUGUGGGGCCUGAUCUGCCUGGCGGCCGCGUGCACCGUGCGGAGCUGUCGCGCGCCGCGCGUGCUCGCGCGCGAGCAGACGGAGGAGUGGAAGGGCUGGAUGCAGCUCAUGUUCCUGCUGUACCACUACUUCGCCCAGGCCCAGCUCUACAACGCCAUCCGCGUGUACAUCGCGGCGUACGUGUGGAUGACCGGCUACGGCAAUUUUCUCUACUACCAGAAGACGGGCAACUUCGGGGCCGUGCGCGUGUGCCAGACGCUGUUCCGGCUCAACUUCUUCGUCGUCGUCGUGUGCGUCGCCCUGCGCAACGAAUACAUGCUGUACUACAUCGCGCCCAUGCACACGCUCUUCACGCUCUUCGUCUGGCUCGCGCUCCGGAUCGGCAGGGCCCGCAACGACGACGCGCGGGUCCUCGUCGUGAAGGUCGUCUCGACCCUAUUGCUCACGGCGCUGCUCUACGACGUCGAGGCGGUCUUUAGGUUCGCGUUCGGCUGGCAGCCGAUGCGCGCCCUGGUCGCGUUCCACGACCCGCUCCACCCGGAGUUCACGGACGAGCUGCACGAGUGGCGGUUCCGCUCGGGGCUCGACCGGUACGUGUGGGUUUUCGGCAUGGCCUGCGCCGCGCUCUUUCCGGUCCUCUCGAAAGCCCUGGCGCGCGUCGACGCCGCCGAGGCGGCCGCGCGCCGCGCGAUCCGCGGCGCCGUCGUCGCGGCGCUGCUCGGCGCGAUCUACGUCUACCACGACGCGGUCUUCUCGCUGGACAAGUACGCGUACAACGGCUACCACCCCUACACCUCGUGGCUGCCCAUACUCGUUUACAUCCUCCUGCGGAACCUCACGCCCGCGCUCCGCGCCAGGUACGUCCACCUCUUCACCUUUUUAGGGCAAGUGACGCUCGAGACGUACAUCCUCCAGUUCCACGUCUGGAUGAAGACCACGGGACUCAACGGGUCGCCCAAGUUUCUGCUCGUCCUGAUCGAGGGCCACUUCUGGCUCAACUUCGCCGUCGUGUCGGCGGCGUACUUCCUCGUCUCGGUCCGCGUCUUCCGCCUCACGUGCGCGCUCCGGGACGCCCUGGUGCCGGACGACGCGCGGGACCUGCCCCGGGCGCUCGCGGUGCUCGGCGGCGUCGUCGCGGCGCUCGCCGCCGCCGGCCACGGGCUGCGAGCGGCGCUGCCCGCGCCGCUCGCCGCGGCGGCGGCGGUGGGGGAGUGA